AAACUUCUAUCAACACCACCAUGAAGGCUUGAAUAGGCUUGCUAAUAUGACAGCAACUCUUGGUGGAGCAAUUCAUGAGAUUCAUGGAGAGUGGACUUAUAAAAGAUGUCAUGUUAAUCCAACACCUCAGUGUGUGUAUUGGGGAGGUAAAAGCUACCUGUACAUCGAUGUGAUCUUCAUUAUUUGCUUUGACACAGUCUGCUAGUCUUUUUCAUCUGGGAUUUAUUUCAUGGAUGCUGAAUUCAAUGGAACAUAUAUAACUCUCGGUGGCUAUAUAGCAGUGGACAAAUACAGAUAUCUUUACUUUGUCAUCUUGAUGACACUCUAUAUUCUUAUCCUGUGCACUAAUUGCACCAUUAUAUGUCUAAUCUGGAUUCACAGGAACCUUCAUGAGCCUAUGUACAUUUUCAUUGCAGCUUUGUCACUCAACUCUGUUUUGUUUAGCACUGCUAUCUACCCCAAACUUUUCAUUGAUGUCUUAUCUCAAAAACAGACCAUUUCUUACUCAGCUUGUAUGUUUCAAUAUUUUAUAUUUUAUUCUUUAGGAAUGUCAGAUAUCUUACUGCUGUCAGCCAUGGCUUAUGACAGGUAUGUGUCUAUCUGCAAACCUCUGCAAUAUCCAACUAUCAUGGCAAAUAUAACUGUCACUGUCCUCUUGACUGUGGCCUGGUUUCUACCUGCACUCGAGGUUGCAGUAGCAAUUGUAAUUAAUUCUAAACAAAAACUCUGUGACUUUACAACAGACGGAAUUUUUUGCAACAGUAACAUUUUUAGGCUUUAUUGUGUAAAAUCAACAUUUCUUAAUGCUUAUGGUUUGUUUGCCAUGCUAAAUAUUAUUGUUGUUCCUAUGAUUUUCAUCCUUUUUACCUACAUAAAGAUAUUUGUCAUAGCUUAUCACAGUUGUGUAGAAGUCAGGAAAAAGGCUACAGAGACAUGUUUACCUCACCUGAUGGUUUUAAUGUGCUGCCUUUUUUUGUGCAUAUUUGAUGUCAUUUCAGCUCGACUGGAAUCAGAUCUUCCAAAAAGUGUACAUUUAAUGAGUUUACAAAUAGUUGUGUAUGGUCCUCUGUUCAAUCCAAUCAUAUACGGAGUGAAAAUGAAAGAAAUCUCGAAACACAUCAAGAGAUUGUUAAAACUCCUUUUCAGAGGAUCCAGAGGCUACCUUGAACAACACACUGAGCUGGAACCUAGAUGGAAGCACGUGAUACGCUGUGACAACGGCAAAUGGGAGAAGCCAAAAGUAGAAGAAGAAUAA